ACACCAGCUCCGCCUCCGAUCUAUUUUGUUCUGCAGCAUACCAAAAAAAGAAAAAGUUUGAAAUCCGGAAAUGUCGGACGAGGAACACCAUUUUGAAUCCAAGGCCGACGCCGGUGCCUCCAAAACCUACCCACAACAGGCCGGAACCAUUCGUAAGAAUGGUUACAUCGUCAUUAAAAACCGUCCCUGCAAGGUUGUUGAAGUUUCGACCUCCAAGACUGGGAAGCAUGGUCAUGCCAAGUGUCACUUUGUUGGAAUUGACAUCUUCACUGCCAAGAAGCUGGAAGAUAUUGUUCCCUCUUCCCACAACUGUGAUGUUCCACAUGUUAAUCGUACUGACUACCAGUUGAUCGACAUUUCUGAGGAUGGAUUUGUGAGUUUGCUGACCGACAGUGGAGACACUAAGGAUGAUCUGAGGCUCCCAACUGAUGAGAACCUGUUGAAACAGAUCAAGGAUGGUUUUGCUGAGGGGAAAGACUUGGUUGUGUCUGUUAUGUCUGCAAUGGGGGAAGAGCAGAUUUGUGCUCUCAAAGACAUUGGUCCUAAGUAGUUUCAAAUUCAUUUAUUGCAAAUCUUAGAUGGAACCAUAAAAGACUUUGGUAGUUCUAAAUGCGGUUUUGAUGUUUUAUUUGGGUUUGGAUAGAAAAAAGAGAAUAACAAUAUAACUAGUUUCUUGUUGUGCUAUGGAUUACUGUUUUGCUUUUCCUUUUCAAUAGUUUUUAUUAUCUCGUCUUUA